AUAUUACUKAAAAGUAUUUUGUGGAYGCUUCCUWCAAGAAGGUGCAGCWAGAGUAAAAUUUGACUUUACAAUCAGGAAUCAAACRACAYGAAGAUGUAUAAGAUAACUGUGCUUUUGGUGGUGGUAGGUCUUUCGGCGAGUCUAUGGUCAACGUGUAUUUCCGCAAGAUGUCUUUCCUGUACACCAGGAUGGGUGACCUACAAGGGCUCAAGUUCCUGUUACCGAGCGGGCACCACGCCAACGACCAAAUGGAACGAAGCAAGRAAAGCGUGUAUAUCCAUGGGAGGUGACUUGGUGAAGAUCACGUCAGCUCAAGUUAAYAAAUACGUGGCUGGUCUUGCUCGUACUUACUCAAGUAGAAAUAGUCUCAUGUGGAUGGGGCUUGUUGGAGAUUCGAACCAAAGGUACRCAUGGGUGGACGGCACUUCCUUGUCCAGCCAGCGGUACACCAACUGGAACACAGGCGAACCUAACAACUACAAUGGACUAGCUGAAGACUGCGGAAUGAUGUACCUAAGUAGUAUGAAAUGGAAUGAUGCUGUAUGUAACCAUCACAUUGCGAUGACUUACGUGUGCGAGAAAGAUAAAACAAACUAGAUGGUGUACCCAGAAUAAUAAUUGCCAACGAAGUUUUGAGUUUGUUAGCGAAGUGCGUUUUUAUUGUUUUUCGUUUUUUGCUUUUGUUUUUGUUUUUUUGUUUUUUUUGUUUUUGGUUCUAAACAGGUUUUUAGAGGUAGUGUGCAUUGUUUUGGUACUGGUUUUGAAAUAAAUGUAUCUUCAAACGAAGUUAGUCUCGUUUUUAAGGCCCGUGCUGUUUUUUAGGCGUAGGAACAGCUAUCUCUUAUUGGUUAAUAACUUGAUCGAACUACGCGAUUUCUUCCAAUGACGUGGCGCGACGUCAUACAUACUUUUAUAGAAAAAAUCUAGAUGAUCAAUUCAGUAAUUCCUCAACUUUUUUACUUCGUUGGCACAUUCAGACUCCCUUUUUAAUAAGAAAAAACACUGUCUCGAUCCCGUUACUGAUAAGUAUGACUAGUAAAAUAUAUUACGGAAAGAUAAGAGCUUGUAGUGGAACUCCUUUAUUGCUUUCCCAAAUAUGUCGUAACACUGACAUGGCAAAAMCAACACGAAUAACAAAACCUGGAUUCAACAUUAAAUAAAUUUUUCAGAAUUUGA